AAUUACUCAUGCGAGAAAAAAAAAUUAUUGGACGAAUUAAAUAGAUUUUUACGAUAAAUUUUCACGUGGUUUAGUAUUUGUUUACUUUUGACCAGAACUGUAGAAAGAAGAUGCUGUUGUAAGCAUUGUAAAUCCAUCAGACAUAUGGGAUAAUGAAUCUUUAUGAGAGUGCCAAAAAUGGAAACGAAAAAGAAUUAAAAAGUCGCAUCGAUGAACUGUUCAGUGAAAUAGUUGAUCUCGCUGGUCGCAAAGCAACUUUGGGGAGACACGACUCACAUCAAUUGACGCCCCUUCAUUACGCAGUAAAGUACAAUAACAUUGGUGUGGUCCGAAUACUGCUAGAAAAAGGCGCCGAUAUAAAUGUACCAGGAAAGGGAAACACUACCCCACUUCAUUAUGCAACCCGAUAUAUGAAAGCGAAUGAUGAUUGCUCACUGUUGCAGUUAUUAAUAUACAGUGAAGCAAACGCUAAUGCUGUAGAUGACAGCGGAUCAACGCCUUUGCAUUACGCGUGUUUAAAGGGAAAUGAGAAGGCCGUGAGGGAACUUCUUAAAGUUAAAGAUAUCAAUAUCGAGGCGCAAGACAAGUUAAAAACCCAGCCAAUACAUCACGCUUGCGCAUUCGGCUCUCUAGAUAUUUUGGAUUUGCUGUCAGAAAAGGGCGCAAAUAUACUGGCAGAAAAUGAAGCAAAAAUGACACCAAUUCAUGUUGCAGUCUCCACUGGUCAUACAAAAUUGAUUGAACAUAUGUUUGAUCUCGUUCAACAACAACAUGGCAUAUCAGCUAUACCCAGAAUUAUCGAGCAGCAGAAUAUAGAAGGUCAAGCGUUGUUACAUCUAGCUGUUCUUAGUUCUCACUUGCAAGUAGUAAAAUUAUUACUGGAACGAGGCUGUGACGUCAAUCAACUUAUGGAUGACGGAGAAACAGUGUUACAUAUUGCUGCUGUUACUGGACAUGUUGAAAUUGUGAAAUUAUUGUUAGCGCAUGGAUGCGAGGUUGAUAAAAAAAAUGAUAUGGGACGAACAGCUUUGCAUAAAGCUUCAAGAUUCGGAAAGAAUAAAGUUGUGGAUAUGCUGAUUAAGGAAAAUGCUGACAUCAACAUGAGGGACGAUUUGCAGCUAACUCCUUUAAUUCUCGCAUCGAGCAGCUCUAGUAAUUCUAGAACUAUUAAAUACUUACUGGAGAACGGUGCUAACAUCGAGUUAUGCGAUAAAGAAGAUCGUACCGCACUUCAUAUGGCAGUGCAAGAUAACAAUGAGAAAGGUGUACAUACGCUAUUGAAGUUUGCAGAUUUAGACAAGAUCAUUAACACGAAAGAUAAAGACAGCAACACACCAUUGCAUAUUGCAUGCGCAAAUGGUUAUGAAGAAAUCGCUAUUAGAUUAUUAGAUGCAGACGCUGAUGUACAAAGUAGAAAUAAUGAUGGAAAAACACCUUUGCAUUUAGCAGCUUUUUAUGGACAGGACGAUGUCGUUGAUAAUAUCUUGGAGAAAAAUGCUUCUGCUAUUAACGACUUUGACACGGAAGGAAAUGCCGCACUUCACCUUGCUGCUUUAAAAGGUCACCACGAUGUAAUUGAAUAUUUACUGAAAUGUGGAGCUGCAGUUAACGAUAAAAAUGCCGAAGCAAUGACUCCAUUGGAUUGUGCUGCAACUAGCGGACAUACAGAGGCAGUGAAAAUACUUAUUUGGGGAGGUGCGUCCGUCCAGUCCGCAAGUGAAUCGGGGUCAACACCUCUCCAUCUUAGUUGCAUUGAAGGUCAUGUUGAAACAACGGAAGAAUUACUAAAACACUGUGAAGUUGGAAUGACGGAUAAUAAUGGUAGAAAUGCUUUGGAUCUCGCCAUCGAUAAUCGAAAUGAUGAUGCAGCCAUUGCCAUAUUAAAUCACAGAGAUUGGCAUACCGCCAUGCGUAAUCGCACUCUGGAAGAUGGGCGCGUUACGACUCCGUUAAGAAAAAUGAUAGCUCGUAUGCCAGAUGUUGCGAUGCAUUGUUUAAACCGUUGCAUCGCUGAAGAAGAAGAGUUUCCGAACGAUGAUGAAAAAUACAGCUUUACUUUAAAGUACGAAUUCUUGGACGACGUGUACAGUAACUGGCCAUGUGAUAUUGUUAGAAAGGACACAGAGGAGGGGAAAGGGAAAGGAGAAUUAUAUACGAUAGAAAAAAUAGAAAAGGAAUUGGAGAAAAAAGAGUCGCAUGUGUUUAGUUAUAUGGUCGAACAUCAACGUCAAGAACUUUUAAGUCAUCCGCUAACACUAAGUAUGAUCAACAUGAAGUGGAUGAAAUUUGCGUUCUAUGUUUACUAUUUCAAGUUGCUACUGUAUGUCUGUUUUCUCUUCUUUGUGACUGGUUAUAUCAUGGUAUCCGCACCGCUCCGUGAACCAUACAGAGCUACAGAUUGCACUAUAGAUGUAAAGAAUGCAACUUUAGAAAUGAAGAUUUUCGUGGUGUUUGGGAAAUAUGUGGUGUUUCUUUUAGCACUUAUUCAUCUACUGUUCGAGUUAAUGCAAAUGGUUAGUCAACGUUUGGAUUACUUUGCUAUUGACAACCUUCUUGAAUGGACAGUCUAUCUGUUAGCAAUUGCCAAUGUUAUUGAUGAUUUGAUUGAUCUUCCUUUGGAGAAGGCUGGUUUAGUAUGUGGAUCAUAUCAGAAAAGUGCGGGAGCAAUUUGUGUAUUUUUGGCAUGGUUUAAUUUUAUUUUAUUCAUCCGAAAAGUUCCGAUGUUUGGUAUAUAUAUCGUCAUGUUUUUAUACGUUAUCAGCACGUUCUUCAAAUUUUUUGUCGUGUUUAUAUUUCUUAUUAUGGCGUUCGGAUUCUCAUUUUAUGUCCUGUUACACGACGAAAAAUCAAUUCCUUCUUUUGACAGUCCAUUUGGCUCUUUAAUCAAAACCGGUGCUAUGAUGACUGGUGAAAUGAAUUUUGACGACUUCUUUUUUGGUGACCAUAAACCAUCUAUUGUCACGUGGGUUCUCUUCAUUUUGUUUAUAUUGCUAAUGGUCAUCGUUCUAAUGAACUUGCUGGUUGGUUUAGCCGUAGAUGAUAUUCAAGAAGUUCAAAAACAAGCAGAAAUGACCAAAGCCACUAUGCAGAUUGAUUUAUGUUUGGACUCUGAGAAAAUAUUUCCAAAAAUGUUACGUCAAAAAUUCAUAGCACGUGAACAGACAGUUUAUCCAAAUACAGAUAAGAUGUUACCAUCAAACAUAAAUGCAGAAAUUAUCGCGCAAUUGCGUGAUAUUGUAAAGACGGAAAAGGAACCAAUAGAUGAGUUACAGGAUAGCUUAAAAGGGUUGCAACAGAAGAUGGGUGGUCUGGGAACAAAAGUGGAAGAUAUGGAGGAUCAGUUACAACAUACAAUAAACGAAUUAAAAACUAUGAUGGCACAGAUGCUCGAACAUCAACAAAGAAGGAGGAAAAAAAGACCAGCAAAGCCUACAGAUGAUAAACCAGGAGAAGCUGACACAGAAGAUGUUGAUGAAAUUGCUACAUGAGAUCGUGUAGCAACCAAGCUCGUUAAAAUUAACAUAUCUAAAAUUUAAAACUUGUUUCUAAGGACCCUGGGAAUUUAAUAGAGUUGUUUUAUUACUAAAAACGUAUGUUUCUAAAACCUCCUAACACUCGGAAUACGGUACUGUUGCUUGGUACUGUUGCUUGGUAGUGUUAGAUGGCCCAUUUCAUCCUCUUUCUAAAACAUGGGGCACUUCUCAUACCAACCUAGUCUGUGUG